AUGGGCACCGCGGUCCGGUAUGUCGCAGCAUUGAACGUCGAUGCGAAACUGGUCAAGUGCUUCGUCUACGCAUUGUUUCGUGAUUCGUCCCGACUAGAAGUCGUGGGGUCGGCAUACGAUCACAUUACAUUUGUUUACCCUGCGAUCGGACGGGUGGAAAUCGAUCAUGGGAAGCUAUGGGACAGUGUCGUCCAUACGAUCAAGACUGCGAUUGAAGAGGCCAAUCUGACGGCCGGCCAGAUUGCGUACCUCGCCUUGACCGCCCACCGAGGUUCGUUCACUUGUUGGAAUCGAUCGACCGGAAUGGUGUAUCAUAAUUUCAUCACUGCGCAAGACUUGCGUGCCGAUCAAAUGGUCAAAGAGUGCAACGACGAGUUCAUGUUCAAGGCUUUCAAGGCCAGUGCCGGAUUAUUGCACUACGUUACCCGAAGCCAGCGAUACCUCAGCCAGAGGGUGUUUGAUGUCACGAAUUCACACGUGACCAUGCGAUUGGCGUGGAUGCUGGAGAACUGCCAAGGAAUUCAGCAUGAUCUGGAAGCAGGAAAUGUAUUGUAUGGAACUAUCGAUGCGUGGCUGCUGUAUCGUUUUAGGAAAGGUUCCGAUCCAAAGCACGAGGUCGAACACAUUACCGAUGUAACGAGCUGUGCAGCGACUGGAUUCUACGAUCCUUUCACUCACGAAUGGACUGAGUGGGCACCCAUGAUGUACCCCAUUAAGAGAGACAUGCUGCCGAAGGUAGUGGACAACUCGUACGACUUUGGAUCAAUCGACGCAUCGCUUUUUGGGAGCGCCAUCAAAAUUGGCACCUCGAUGUCCGACACCUCUGCAGCCCUCUGGGGAACGGGUUCCUUUGAGCGCACUGACCUCUACAUCAAAAUGGACACCUCCGCAGUACUCGACAUCAUAACGGGUCGCACUUGUCUGGCAUCUGAGUACGGAUUGAUUCCCACGGUUGGUUACAAAUGUACCCACCCAAUCUCCGGUCACGAAGAACUGUCCUACGUUCUGGAGAAAACCUGCACCGAUUGUACCACCGUAAUUGAUUGGGGUAUCAAAAUCGGCCUGUUCACCGACCCGAACGACGCUUCCGCAAUGGCUUCCUCCGUCCCUGACUCGAAUGGAGUAUUCUACAUACCAGCCUUCAGCGUUUUCGGUGUACGGGACAUCACCGCCGGAUCCAGCUUCAUCGGUAUGAAAAAAACCACUCGCAAAGAGCAUUUGGUUAGGGCACUGCUGGAGAGCCUUGUCUACCGCAUCUCCCUGCUAUACAUCAGUGCUCAUAAGGAAAUUUUAAACCAAGGAUUGGACGAUUUCAAAAAAAUUAAAGUAGACGGAACAGUCUCUCGGAACGACUUCAUCUGCCAAACCUUGGCCGACAUAUCCGGACUUCCGGUGGAGCGUGGUGAAGCAGUGGAUUCAUCGGCCCUCGGAGCUGUUCUUCUGGCGGGGAUCAACGAGGGUUUGCUGAGAAACAAGCCCGAAGCCAUGCGUGUGCGAAAAGUGGACAAAGUUUUUGCGCCCAAUCCGAACUACAAACUGAAGAUGCUCAGGAACAUGCGAUGCUGGGAGAACAUCGUGGAAAAGUUUAAAGAAAAUGAGUAG